AUGUUCCGCUCUACCAUCAUCCGCAACGCUCGUCUCUUCAGCACCAACGCGCGCUUCCAGAAGUCUGCCACCGAGACUGUCAAGGAUGCUGCCAAGGCCGUCGACAGAACCAUCUCCGAUGCCGCCGUCAAGGGUAUCGAGAAGGGCGAGCAAGCCGCCGCAUCCAUCAAGUCGGCCGCAAACGUGAGCACCGGCGAGGCCAAGGGCUCUGCCAGCCAGAUGGCCGGUCAAGCACAAGGCAAGGCCAACGAGCUCGCCGGCCAAGCCAAGGGUGCCGUCAACGAGAUGUCCAGCUCAUCACCAACAUCCGGCCAGGUCCAGGGCAAGGCUUCCGAACUCAUGGGCGAGGCCAAGGGCAAGGCUUCUGAGCUGUCUGGCCAGGCAAAGGGCAAGGCCGAGGAGAUCAAGGGAAAGAUGUAA